GCCAGAGCUCCGUCGUCGGCUCGCAGAGGCAGCAGGAUGCGACGCGGCGCAGCCCGGCGAGCGGCGAGCCACGACCACCCCGACGGGCGUUUUUGCCGUCCUCUUGCCGCCCUCGACGCUCGGAUUUCAGCCCAAGAGGCGAAAUGAAGCGGAUGAAUGUGAGCACCACGCGAGCCUGUCUCCAGCAUCACUUCUCCUCCCUGGAUGCGGCGCCUCGCUGCUUUUAGUUGUCCCCCUUUUCUGGGGGAUUUCAUGAAGAGUUGAGCAAACAACUUUUCGUCCUCCCACCCCCCUUUUAAACAAACACUGCCGGAUUGACCAACUGUCGGAAAACCGGCGACUAGCCUGCACCCGUUCCCAGCGGAAUAAGCACCUUUUUUUUUUUUGUUGGUGGUUAUUCGGCUUUGCAAGCAUCCUCUCUGGGCCACGCUGGAAGUCGACCCCCAUGUGGCCGUCGGGUGUGGGCAGCCGGCAGCCUUGCCCGCGGGAGUCGGCGCUGCGCAGGGCGGCCAUCAGCGGCGACGUCUUGGCCCUGCCGCCGCACCACGUCCCCGGCGGCCGCAGCGUCCGCGUCUUCAUCUGUGCCAACCCGGACGACACAGAGGCAGAAAGGAACGCACUGAAAGAGCACGUUUACCCCAAACUACGAGACUUCUGCCGGGAGAACUACGGCAUUGAAUUCCAGGUGGUGGACCUCUACUGGGGCGUGGACCCAGAGGAGUGGGACAGUCCAGAGCUGCAGAGGCUCAGGAUGAAGCUCCUGGAGGAAUGUCUGAAGACGUCAGCGGGGCCGUGCUUCGUUGGUUUGGUGGGAGAGAAGUACGGCAGCAUCCGAGUGCCGGGCGAGGUGGAAUCGGCGGAGUUCGAGAUGAUCUUGGAUGCCGCAGUGGAGGCCGGCCUGGAUACACACAUCUUGGACGAGUGGUACUGCAGGGAUGAAAACUCUGUGCCACCCGCAUACUACCUCAAACCCAAAGCCCAAGUGCUUAAGAACUACCAGAACUCAGUGGAGUCCAGCAGCGCAGCCAAAACCAAGAAUGACAAGGCCUGGAGGAAAGUGUCAGAGGAGAUCAAGCGGAUCUUUCGUACGGCGGUUCUGCAGCUUCAAGAAAAGGGGACAAUGCCGAGCACUCAGGCCAAGAAAUUCCUUUGCUCUGCCUUGGAGGAUGAAUUAGACUUUGCCCUCGGAAAACAAACUCCUGCCUUUCUCAGGAAAUGCGUUUGCUACAUUCGCAAGAUUUCAAACUUUGACCGCUUCGCAAAACUCCCAGAGAUGACCCGCUACAUGGACAUUGUGGUGAGCGGCGACCGCAUCAUGCGCAACCAGGAGGCUUACGAGCGCCUGCUAAAGGUGCGGGACGAGUUCAUACCAACAGUGGUGGCCGCAUCGAACCUCCGGGUUUACUCAUCGGUCACGCACUGCGACAUGAAGCAAGGCUAUUCCCAGGAAGUAGAGAGCCACUAUGUGGAGGGACUGUGUAAACAGUUCUAUGAGGACAUGGUGGAUAUAAUUCAGGCUACAGUACAGCGGAACUUUGACACAGAGACUGACCCGCUGUAUGAUGAGACCCUGCAGCACCUGUCCCUCUGUAAAGCCUACUCAGCACUGCACGAGUACAAGACCGAAUCCCUGGAUUACGUGCAGGAGUACAUUUUGCCAUCUAAGGGGAGUAGGAUGAGUCCGCUUGUAGUGCAUGGGGGACCCUGCACGGGAAAGACAUUGCUACUAGCUGAAGUUGCCAAACAGGCCUACACGUGGCUGCAGAAGGAGAUGGGCCCUGAAACAGAUCCCGUGGUCAUUGUCCGUUUCAUCGGCUCGAGUCAGCCCUCCACAGACUUGCGCACACUUCUCCAGAGCAUCUGUGAACAGAUUGCAAUAAACUACCGCUGCUUGAUUCACUUUUUGCCUAACAAAAUCCAGGAGAUGAGGGAGCUCCUAACCAACCUGCUUGGAGAAUCCUCCUUUCACAGGCCCCUGGUCAUCAUCCUGGAUGCCCUGGAGCAGCUGUCAGAUGCCGAUGAAGCACGCAAGCUGUGGUGGCUCCCCGUACAACUCCCUCGGACAGUCCGCAUUAUAGUCUCAACAUUGCCCAACAAACAUGGAAUACUGCAAAAGCUCCGACAUGCCAUCCAUGAUGAGUACUAUUAUGUGGAGUUAACACAGAGGGACCGCAAGCUCUGCAGCCAGACAUUAAAGCAGCAGUUACUUGGCGUAAAAAGAAAGGUCACCUCGGGCCAACAGAUCUAUGUCAACGAGGCUUUAGCAAAGUGUACUUUGCCAAUGUUUGUUAACCUAAUCUACAGGGAGGUAGUGCACUGGAGGUCUCACAAAGACGUGGAUGAGAAAUCCCUCUGCUCCACAGUGCAUGAAAGCAUAGAACAGUUGUUCUAUUCGGUAGAGAAGAAGUUGGGACAACGAUUUGUCUUCAGAGCAUUAGGUUAUAUCACCAUGGCCAAAGCAGGGUUAACUGAGGUUGAGCUGGAGGACAUUCUUUCCCUGGACAACAUAGUUCUUGGGGAUGUGAUUGUGGUAUCUUACCUCAAAAAUCCCUUAAGGAUUUCUUAUGACUUGGUAGCAAGGCUCAAAGAAGAGCUGGAAGGUUAUCUGGUGGAACGUCAGGUACGCAACGUCACCCUGAUGGUCUGGGCCAACAGACAUCUGCAUCUCAUUGCCCAGAAGCUGUACCUGAGCAACGAGGAAGACGUCCAUCAAAUGCACAGCCUUCUAGCAGAGUACUUCCUGGGGGCGUGGUCAGGGGGCCGGAAGAAGAUCUUCACUUACGACAACAAUCAUUUUACGUCCCAAAAUAUAUCACACCAUAAAAAUCCCCACCAUGAACAAUCCCAUGAGAAAACAUCAUCUGACAAGUACUCCUAUGAUAGGCAAACCCCCGAGCAGCCUUGGGUCUUCCAGUGCAACCUUCUAGAGCCGGAUAUUUUCUUUGUCAACCACAGGAAGAUGACAGAGCUGGUGUUCCACCUCACAAGAAGUGGCCGUACUGAUGACCUCAUGUUUGGUGUCAUCAUGAACUUCAGCUGGCUGUAUACAAUGAUAAAGAUCGGACAGUUUGAAAAGGCUUUAAACGAUAUCGACUUGGCUUACGGCUUCACCCAAGAAAAAGAGCUGAAGUUUCUAUCCACUACUCUCCGUAGCAUCAAGGUCAAGGUGCUGAAAAGCCCACCAUCACUUUCCGCAGAACUGCAGCAAAGGCUUUUGCCAGUUGUCACCUCCCUGCCCAAACUUCGACAUCUCCUCCUGGAGUGUGACAAGGAUGGGCCAAAGUACUGCUCAAUUGUGCCUCUCCAUUCCUCAAUGGAUGUCACUUACAGUCCAGAGAGGCUACCUUUGAGCUCAAGUUACAUGCAUAUUGUGGAGAUCUUGCCCACUCUCGCACCGAACAUCGUCCUUGUAGCCCUUGAAGAUGGGUCUGUCAGCACAUGGGACGUUGAGAGUAGACAACUGCUACGGCAGAUAGACACAGCUCGAUCUGUUGUGCUGGGAAUCAGGUUAACCACUGAUGAGAAAUAUCUAGUUGUGGCCACGACGAAAAACACGCUCCUUAUAUAUGAUAAUCAUAAAUCCUGCCUUUUAUCAGAAGUGGAAAUCAAGGGGUCCAAACAUGGCGGCAUCACCGGCGGGGUGGCCUUUAUCAACGGGUUCACUUUGUCAACUCACCAUGCUUUAGCUUGGCUUGAGGCCAGUAAAGAUGUCAACGUCAUAGACUUACUUUACGGCUGGCCUCUCUAUCAGUUCCAUUGCUGGUACGAGGUGACUUGUGUCCAGUGCUCACCCGAUGGAAUGUAUGCCUUCUGCGGACAGUACCUCAACACUGCAUCCAUCUUUCAUCUGGGAAACGGCGACAAGUUGGCCACUGUUACCUCUGAGUUUUCUGGGGGGUUUGUUAAGUCCAUUCUUGUCCUCGACACGAUCAACCAAAUGGUGAUGAUUGACAACGAGGGGAGUCUGUCGGUAUGGAACACCAAAGAGAUCACCAACCCACGUCUGAUGGAGGAUUACGAUUGCAGAGGAGAUGACAGUGAAGUGGUGAGCAUUGAGCUGUCGGAAGACCAGCGCUCAAUUCUGCUUUGCAAGGCCAGAAGUAUUGAAGUUCUAGAUACGAAAGUAUGGAAAAUGGUGGAGAAGUUUAAAGCAAAACGUAGCGAACGCUUCGUAGCUGCAGUUCUUUCCAAGAACGGACAAAGUAUUGUGGCCUCGAUGGAGAACACUUCUUCAAUCUUCGUGUGGAGGAGAGACAGUGGGCAAUGCAUGGCCAGCCUGAUCGAGAUAUCAGGGGCCAUCGUUAAACUCAUCAAAUCAGUCCACCAUAACCUGCUCCUUUCUGUUGCCAGCAGUGGAGUGCUGUCGGUCUGGGACAUUGACAUAAUCACAGCAAUGUCCAACAUUGACAAAACAGGCAAGAAGAUACAGACGUUGCAGCUGUCUGGCAGAGAGGAUUAUGUGUUUACCAUGGAUGGUUCAGAAGCAGUCCACAAGUGGAACUUUAGCACUGGAUUCAUUGAAACGGUCUUCAAACAUGAGGGCGUGGUAGAAAACUGUGUGCUCACCUCCUCAGGGGAUCUAAUGGUAACUUCCGAUGACAAGUGCAGUCAGUACAUCUGGCAAACCAACUCUGGGGAGAACAUUUUUCGCAUCAACGGACAGAGAAUAUCCCAGCUGCUCAUCACCCACAACGACCAGUUUGUUGUGUCCCUCUGUGAGCAAAACGCCUCAAGAGUCUGGAGACUAGCGACAGGACACAAAGUGUGCAACAUCUUGGUCACCCUCCAGAACGCACUGAUCACCACAGCCAACACAUUUCUUGUGGGCACCUCCAAAAACAAGCUUCUCGCCGUCAGCUUGUGGUCAGGCAGCGUAUCCAAGAAGUUUGUGUGCGACGACGGCAUCGCCAUUGUCAACUUCAAACUUAUUCCCGACAUUCCUGACUGCGUCGUGUUCAUCACGUCCACAGAGACCGUCUUUAUUUGGAGUGUAGCAGACGAGGCUGUUUGCAGGCGUGUCCAGUUGCCAGCUAAUUUCCUCAAAAAUCUAGAGGACUUUCAGAUCUCCCCAAAUGGCAAACAGGGAAUUGUGUCCAAAGGCGACGAGAAUAUUAACGUGCUGGACCUACACAGCGGGAAGCUGAGGCUUGUCCAUGCCGCUGGUAUAAUUUGGCGUCAGAAGUUAUCACGAGACGGCCGUUACCUUGUAUACAUCUGCUUCCGCAACUGUGAAGAGGAUGACGAUGCCGGUGUUGUCUCCAAUCUGAUUGUGAUGCGACUUGCAGAUGGGAAGAGUAUUGGCACAUGCUCCUUAUACAAGACACCCACUUUCCUUUCGCUCUCCCAAAGAGCCCUGAACAUCAUCAUUGGCUUUGAGGACGGCAGCAUUGGCACAUACACCGUGGUGGACCGCGUAGACGCCGCCCUCAAAAUCAAGAUCGCCACGUCCAACAGCCGACAGAUUGUCAACAAUGCUUCACAGAAGGUCCGUCCCAAAUGUGGCAAUCACUCCUUUAAGACCAUUGCCGACUGCAUCUGGAGGGAAUCAACGGAGGUUUUCUCCAGGGACAGUCCGAUCAAUGUGUCUGACUCCGGUGAAGGAGAGUCCACUACGCCGACAAAAAAGACGGAGCUGCUGCAGUGAAAAAAGAGGUUUAGAAUCUCUGGAAGGUUGUAGUUGACUCUUGUUUACAGCCACGUGAUUCAGCUGCAAAUGUCAGGCGUCUGACUAUCUAUCCUAUCUAGUAGUUGUACCGUUUCAGUUGGUUUUACAUUCAGACGCUCGGAAGAAAAAAACUCACACAUGAUGGAAACAAAUUCUACGAGAUAAGAGUUUGCCAUGAUGUGUCCUUUCAGCAUUUGAAGAACAAAUUAUUGAAAUGCAUUUGUGACAGAACACUGGUCAGAGCCAUUCCAGUCAUCUUUGCCACUUGUAUUGUUCGAUACGUUCAUUUGCAGUGUCCAUUACGCCAUCGUGUUCGACAAGAAGAAAAUACAUUUUUGUUUUAUAUACAUCAGACAAAAUGUACAAAAACAAACACGUACAUGUCUCUUUUUUGGCUGCUGCAAUUGGUGCAACACUUUAAAAUGUUACGUUGUGCUUAAUGCAAUCAAAGCGAGUGCCUGGAAUUUCUAAAUGUCCUUUAUGUGCAGACGAGAAGAUUUAUGAAAAUGCAGGGAAUUUGUAAACACAGUACAGUAUAUGUACACACACAAAAACACUGAGCUGCGGGUUGCGUCGCUCUUUGUAACAACCGUUGUGGAAAUUUGGUGGAACGUUUACUGUGAAUUCGCUGUUCCGUUCACGUGUGAGCUGUGUGUUUUAAAAGGGGAGCACCACUAAGGAGCAUAUAGUGUAGCAUAGCACCAUACACAGUCACGCCUUAAUCAGUGUACUUGCUUUGGGUCUCGUGGAGUUAGUAGUCGUCCGUCGUUUCGCAGAAACAAUUUGGCCCUGUGCAUAUAGCGGUUUAGACACAAGGUGGAAGCACUUUAUUGGUGGUUUGUGAGAAAUGAUUACAUUUAUUCCAAUUUGGAGCUUUGUAUUAGUUUUUUUUUU